AUGGGCCCCUGUACCGCCUCCUCAUGCUGCUGCCAGGCCCGUAAUCUGCCAUGGGCCCCCGUACCGACUCCUCAUGCUGCUGCCAGGCCCGUAAUCUGUCAUGGGCCCCUGUACCGCCUCCUCAUGCUGCUGCCAGGUCCAGAGUGUGUCAUGGGUCCCUGUACGGCCCUCCCAUUGCUGCUGUCUCCAUCGCCACACUCUGCCAUGUGCCACUUUCAGGUCUCCUCACACUGCUGGUGGGAUUCCAUUUUGUCAUAGGGUGCUGGCAGAUUACGGGCCUCCCAUUGCUGCUGCCAGGCCCGUAAUCUGCCAUGGGCCCCCGUACCGACUCCUCAUGCUGCUGCCAGGCCCGUAAUCUGUCAUGGGCCCCUGUACAGCCUCCUCAUGCUGCUGCCAG